AUGGAAAAAAAUAUACCAAUUACAUCAACAAUCAUUACUACACCAACAGGAUCCAUUACACCAACAGACUCAUCAACACCAGUUACAUCAACAACCGUUACUACACCAACAGAUUCCAUUACACCAACAGAUUCAUCAACACCAGUUGAUUCUGAUACAGAAACAAGCAUGGACUUGGACACCACAUCAAUAGAUAUCAACUCAAAAAUGGACAUUGAUACAUCAAACCUAAAUAUUGACCAAUUUUCCAACCUUAUCAAAACAAUUGAAGGAAUUAAAAUUCUAUUAGGAAAAA